CUGAGUUUCUGGUUUGACGGGUCAGCUGGUUUUUCAUGCAACAGGCAGACUUGCUCCACUUCUGCAGAGACACAGAGGCCUUGUAAACCAGCAGAGAUGGCGAAGCUGAUGGAAGAUGAGGUAUUUAUGGCCUUCACCACCUAUGCAGCUAUUGUCAUUCUGAAGAUGUUGCUGAUGGCGCCAUUGACUGCAUUCUACCGCUUAACCAAGGGGGCUUUUGCAAAUGAGGAAGACGUGGCCUUAAAGCCCAUGGAGGAGAGGAAGAAGCUGCUCAGAACCGAUCCGGAUGUAGAGCGAGUUCGAAGAUGUCACCAGAACGACCUGGAGAACAUCGUUCCCUUCGUACUGAUCGGCCUUCUCUACGCUCUGACUGGACCCGAGCUCUCAGCCGCUCUGCUUCACUUCCGCGUCUUUGCCGGCUGUCGGAUCUUCCACACCAUCGCCUACAUCAGCGUUCUGCCUCAGCCCAGCAGGGGUCUGUCUUGGUUAGUGGGCGUGCUGGUCACACUCUCCAUGGCUUACAGGGUUCUCAGCACAGUUCUGGUCCUUUAGAGACAAUACUGAACCAGCAGACCUCGUCUGCAAAGGCUCACAUUCCUACAGGAAGCCUUUUUUUUUUCUACUUAGCUCUUGCUACAGCUAGCUAUGAGCUUGAUUAUUAAACAUCAUUUGCACUUCAUCUUUGCUUUCCCUGAAACUAUUGUCUAUUGGAUGGAAAAUGUGUUUUUAUUAAACUUUUCUAUCAG